AUGUUCAACACCGUCUUUUGCAGCUUUGAGAGUCGUUGCAACCAACAAGACAUGCAUGCUCUCUUAAACUUCAAGCAAGGAGUGAGAGAUCCCUCAGGUGUCCUUUCUUCAUGGUCCAUUGAACUAGAUUGUUGUGAAUGGAAAGGAGUCAUCUGUAACAACAUCACAAGUAGAGUCACUCGAAUCACUCUCCCAUGUUCUACAACUCUUCCAAUUUACAGGGACCAAGAAGACAAAUCACAUUGUCUUACAGGUUCCAUUCACCUCUCAUUGUUGUUACUGGAGUUGCAAUUUUUAGAUUACUUGGAUUUGACAAACAAUGACUUCUUAGCAUUACAAUUUGAUUAUCUGCAUAAUCAUAAUUGUCACAAUCUAUCUUUUCCUACUUCUCCUCCUCAGUGUGUCAACUCUUCAACCUUUCGUUAUCUUGAUUUAUCACUUAACUCAAAUCUUGUCCUCAAUAGCCUUCAAUGGCUUCCCUAUAUUUCCUCCUUGGAAUAUCUCAACCUCCGUCAUAUUGAUCUUAGUAAGGAAACUAAUUGGCUUCAAUUAGUGACUAUGCUUCCAUCACUUUCAUUCCUCAAUAUGGAUGCUUGUCAACUUAAAGACUUGAGUUUGUCUCUCCCGUAUGCUAAUUUUACUGCUCUUCAGGUUCUUGAACUUUCUCAAAAUGAAUUUAAGUCAGAGUUACCUAAGUGGCUAUUCAAUCUUAGUUCCACUAUCUAUGUUUUAGACCUUGGCGUAAAUCAUUUAAUGGGACCUCUACCGAAGGCUUUGUUAAAUCUUCGAGAACUUGAACACUUGGUCUUACCAUUCAAUAACUUUGUUGGAUCCAUUCCAGACUGGUUAGGUGAACUGGAACAUCUACAAACUCUUAAUAUUGGAAAGAACAUGUUUUCUGGAUCUAUUCCCACAAAUUUGGGAAAUCUAUCAUCCUUAACUACCUUCAGUGUUGCCGCAAAUCCAUUGACAGGGGUUGUGUCUGAGAGAAAUUUAGCCAAAUUGUCAAAAUUAAAGGAACUGGAAAUAUACUCAUAUUCAACGUUAAUAUUACAUUUUGACUCCCACUGGAUUCCACCAUUUCAACUUGAAGAAUUAACUCUUGGGUUUUCAAAUCCCAACCUUCCUGCGUGGUUGUAUACACAACGAUCUAUUGAAACUUUAAUUAUUGAGUAUUCAUCAUUUAAAGCCGAAGACAAAUUUUGGAAUUUUGUAUCAAGAGUGACUGAGGUCCAACUAGUAAAUAAUUUGAUAGACGGAAACAUGUCAGAUGUGUUGCUGAACUCUACAUUCAUUGAUCUGUCAUCGAAUGGUCUAAAGGGUUCCUUGCCUCAAUUAUCACCACAGGUGACCAUUGUGUCGUUAUCAAAUAAUUCAUUCUCAGGAGACUUGUCUCCCCUCCUUUGUGAUCACAAGAUGUUGAAUGGGAAAAACAAUUUGUUGUUCUUGGACAUAUCAUUAAAUAAUCUAUCUGGAGAGCUUACCAAUUGUUGGAAAAAUUGGAAAUCUUUGGUUGCUAUUCACAUGGGAAGCAAUAAUCUAUCAGGCAACAUACCCUCAUCAAUGGGGUUGUUAUCUAAUCUCACAUCACUCCAUUUGCAUGAGAACAAACUACAUGGAGUGAUUCCUUCCUUAUUGCAAAAUUGUCACUCUUUAUUGGUAUUUAAUGUUCGCAAUAACCACUUAUCAGGAAACAUACCAGAUUGGAUAUCUCACAGUGUCAUGGCUCUUCAAUUAAGGUCCAAUCAUUUUAGUGGUGAAAUCUCACCAAAAAUAUGCCGAUUGUCUUCCCUUAUUAUAUUGGAUAUUGCGCAUAAUGCAAUAUCAGGUCAUAUACCUAGUUGUCUUGAUAAUAUUAAAACCCUACUUUUCAACAAUGUUUCACAACACAAACUUUCUUUUUCCUUUCCUUCAUUUGAUAAUAAUUACUUCCUCAAUGAUGAUAGUCUUGAAUUGGUUACUAAAGGUCAAGUUUUAGAAUAUAGUGAAAACCUACAUUUUAUGACCUUAAUUGAUAUGUCAAGUAACAAUUUAUCUGGAACAAUACCUCCACAAAUGUUUAAUCUCAUUGGAUUGUCCUCUUUGAACUUGUCCCACAAUAAACUAGCAGGAAAAAUACCAAAUGAGAUAGGAAACAUGAAAAAUUUAGAGUCCCUUGAUUUUUCAGCAAACCAACUUAGGGGAGAAAUUCCUUACAGCUAG